AUGGACAAGGACCACGAUAUACCGACGGUCCGGUACCACGACCCACUAUAUACGCCACAAACUGGAAGAGAAAAAUGGCCUUUGCAGGGGCACUACGAAAAUAAUACUUACAUCGACUGGAUGAAAGAGUCGAAUAGAGAGUCUGGAGCCCUGAUGAAUCUGAAAAAAUGGGUAACGUUGAUCGGAAGCUCUUUGCUUGUCGGGUACGCUACGAUUGUCAUAGACCUAUUUUCCGUUUUCCUCAAUGAUUUCAAAAAAGGACUCUGCUUUUCGUCGUUAGACACCUGGUCACUUCUCAAUCCAUACCUGACUUGUCCAGCUGACCAUUGGCGUGACUGGCUGCAGAUUAUCUCUGGGUCAGGAAACAUCGUUGUAAGUGGACUUCUAGGGUUGCCAAUUUAUCUAUUCCUUGUGUUGACCUUCUCAAUGGCUGCCGGCGUCCUUACCAUUAACAAGGCGCCAAUGAUCAAACAGCUGGGUAUCCCUGAGCUCAAGCUCAUUAUCUCUGGCUUCAAUUACUAUCUCAAGACAUACCUAGGCCCCAGGACGCUUUUUUACAAGAUCGUUUGUUUGGUUUUGGUGGUCAGUUCUGGCUUCUGGUUGGGUAUUGAGGGACCUUUGGUGCAUGUAUCUUGUUGUAUCUUGUACAUCAGCUUUGAUGCCAUCUUCGGAGAUGCUGCCACGGAGGGAGUCAGAAGAGAGCUUCUCAGUGCUGCAACCGCCACAGGUAUAGCUGUUGCUUUUAAUUCUCCGAUCGGCGGAGUUCUCUUUGUGGUGGAGCUUCUUCCUUCUUACUUUGUUCCGACAAAAAUAAUGUGGAACUCAUUCGUCUCAGCCACUGUGGCUCUUGUGGCACUCAAUGGUGUACGUUCAUUCACGGAUGGUGAGAACUUUCAAGAAGACGAACUUUUUGAGGUCCUGUUUGGUAACUUCAGCUGGCUCUUUUUGGAGAUUAUCCCAUUUUUGCUCCUAGGUGUUCUCGGUGGAUUAUACGGUCACAUAUACACAAAGGUAUACCUUAAGUUCUCCGACCCACAAUUUAAGAGGAGGCUUUGGAAAAGAUUGGCAGUUCUCACUAGAGUCAGCGAACAGCACGGUAAGUAUGUGGAACUAUUUUUGGUUGCCUUGCUUACUGCCCUUCUAACCUUCGCCAUUCCUUUAACGAGGAUGCCCCUUGCUGCAUUCCUCAAAAUUCUAUUCAGAGACUGUCCAAAGGAUGACUCCAACUUGGAGUCCAAUUCAGAAAACUUCAUGUGCCAGCCUUCGACAGUGAGCACACUUUUCAAGCUUGUCUACAUUGCUAUCCAAGGCUUCUGCUUGUCGACCUAUUCUUACGGUAUUCUGCUUCCAGGAGGCAUUUUGAUGCCUUCUUUGGUGAUGGGUGGCACUGUUGGUCGAUUUGUUGGUAUCAUCUCACAGGCUAUUCAGAAAGCUGUCGAAGGUGACUACCUCGCGACUUGUACAGCCAAGUCGUGUCUUGUUUCACCUUCUUCUCAUGCAGUUGUUGGUGCAGCUGCGUUCAUGUCUGGCAUCACAAAAUUGACCUUGUGCGUGGUCGUCAUUAUAUUUGAAUUAACAGGCGCUGUAUCGUACGUCUUGCCCAUUAUGAUCGCUGUCUUGACAUCCAAGUUUAUCAGUGAUCAGCUUUCAGUGGAGAACGUUUACGACUCCUGGCUUAGUACCGAGUUCAACCACAUUGGCGAAACCGGAGAGGUGAACAGCAACAAAGGCCAUGGAUUAUGCUCAUUUGCUGUUCUUUCCUCCACAUUCAAAGCCCGUCUUCCAGAUGUCACCGUGAAGGCCAUCAUGGUUCCCCUUCAGAGAACAAGAAAAUUGUAUAUUCGCCCGAGCGAACCAUACACCCUUCUGUCAUUGUACGCGUACCUUUCAGAAGACGCCCAUGAGGGCUAUCCCGUGAUUUACAGUGACGAAAACCCGCUCAGUCUUGGAUAUGUCACAAAAAAGCAUGUCUACUGGGAAAUAGCUCGAGUGAUCGGCAGCUCUCAGCCCACUUCGGCAGUUGUCUCUUUUCAAGCCAGCUUACCAGAGUCAUUCCACGAGGAGCAACAAGAAUACGAGCAGAACCUUACUAAUAGCUACGCCAAUGUGCACAUGGUGACCCUCGAAGUGGAAAAACCAAUCAUCAUCGUGAAGGACAAUACACCGCUAAAGCAGGUUAUUGAGAUCGUGGAAAGACUUCACAUGAAUCAUCUCGUUCUCACCGAACACAAGGACAAUAACCGGAUGUGUGGCUUCAUCGACCGCUUCAUUCUUUCGCGGUUGGUGACACUGAGGUUCUCCGAGUUGCAACAAGAAAUGAGCAUAGUAGAGAGUGUGGCGAGUGAAUUUGAAAUCGCUGAUAAUGAAGAAAACAGCGACGAAGACGCCAACUUUAGAAGACAACGAGAGAGUAUCGAGCUCCUCACUUAA